AUGGAGAGCUUCGACGAUGUGGCUCUGUCAUUAAAGACAGUUGCAGAAAUGGGUUCCUUUAGUGAGCAAUCAGCUGCCUGUCAGCCACAACCGCACGAGCCUUCAGAUAUCAGGCGGACGUCGUUUGAUAACGCUGCUCGACAUGAAGAUGAUGGGGGCGCUACUAAUGCUAUAGAAGACCAUAAUAGCCUCAACUCCUCGCUAUCUGACUCCCCGGCAACCGCCUUGAACCAAUACGACCCACAACGGACACACGGGGAGACAAAUAGACAAACACAACAACACGCAGCCAAUUCAACGACCAUCGACAACUCCAUUGACGGACGCCGUGGCUCAACAAGCAUGCUGAUAUUUGAAGACGAUGGUGAAGGCGGUGAUGAGGAGCCUCAUGUUGCUAAAUCGUUCGAGAGAACCACCUCGCCAACUAAUGCAACGCAUAGGGGUCGAGAUGACCCUGACACUAGAAGCGAUGGCAGUAGCAUCGGGGGCGUGGGGCAAGACGGGGAGCUUCCCUUCGCUAAAAUGCACAAAUUUUCGUUAUACGAAACUUCUACAAAGUAUUAUCUGGUUGGAAUGGAUCUCCUUGACCGACGCUUCCGGAUGCUAAAGAUUGAUCGCACCUCAGAUCCUGAGGAAGACCUUGUCUUUGCAGAAGAUGAGACUAUAUACUCAAAGAAGGAGAUGAAUCAACUUCUCGAUGCUGUGGACGAUGGCAACAAAAGCUCUGGCGGGUUGAAACUGCGUUGUAGCACCUGGGGACUCUUGGGGUUUAUACGUUUUACAGGUUCAUACUAUAUGCUUGUUGUGACAAAACGAAGCCAGGUUGCAAUGCUAGGGGGCCACUACAUUUAUCAAAUAGACGGGACAGAGCUUAUACCAUUGGAGUCUCCUGCUACGGCCAAGCAAAGGCCUGAAAAACACGCAGACGAAUCACGAUUCGUUACGGUGAUGAAUAACAUCGACUUGACACGCUCAUUUUACUUCAGCUAUUCGUAUAAUAUCUCCCGUACCCUGCAAGACAAUAUUGUUUCGGAGAGACAAGCGAUCAGAUCAGGCCAGAGAAGCUACGGAAACCGUGACCACAACUCUAUGUUCGUUUGGAACCAAUAUUUGCUAAACCCUGUCAUCAAGUCUCUCAAAAACGCAUUUGAUUGGUUUCUGCCAAUCACCCACGGAUACGUUGACCAGUCGGCUAUAUCGAUUUACGGACGGCUUGUAUACCUGACUCUAAUUGCUCGCCGGUCCAGGUUUUUUGCCGGUGCUCGGUAUCUUAAACGUGGCGUUAAUGAUCUUGGAUAUGUGGCCAACGACGUCGAGACCGAGCAGAUUGUUUCUGAUAUGCUUACCACAUCUUUCCAUGCCCCCGGCCCUGAGCUCUACGCGAAUCCGCAAUACACUUCCUAUGUCCAGCACCGCGGGAGUAUUCCUCUAGCUUGGACGCAAGACAGCACUGGAGUCACACCCAAGCCUGACAUCUCAUUGAGUCUAGUUGACCCCUUCUAUUCCGCUGCGGCUCUCCAUUUCAACAACCUUUUUGAAAGAUACGGCAGCCCUGUCUAUGUCCUCAAUCUUAUUAAAGGCCGGGAAAAGGUUCCACGUGAAUCCAAGCUGCUGACAGAGUAUACAAAUGCCGUGAAUUAUUUGAACCAAUUUCUCCCUAGUGAUAAGAAAAUCAUAUACCGUGCUUGGGACAUGAGCAGAGCAUCAAAAAGCCGUGACCAGGACGUUAUUGGGACAUUAGAAUCUAUCGCAGACGAUAUCAUUCCAAAAACAGGGUUUUUCCGAAACGGUGAAGACAGAGCAUCGGGCCUGAGUAUGCAAAAUGGAGUUGCAAGGACAAAUUGUAUUGAUUGCCUCGACCGAACAAAUGCUGCUCAAUUCGUCAUUGCAAAACGCGCUCUAGGAUAUCAGUUGCAAGCCCUUGGUUUAAUUGAUCAUACGUACAUUGAUUAUGAUACGGAUGCUAUCAACACGUUCACAAAUAUGUGGCAUGGCCACGGAGACACCAUUGCUGUGCAAUACGGAGGUUCACAUCUCGUGAAUACUAUGGCCACCUACAGAAAACUGAACCAGUGGACAGGUCACUCCCGCGAUAUGGUGGAGAGCUUCAAACGGUAUUACAACAAUUCUUUCCUCGAUGCUCAAAGACAGGAGGCAUACAAUUUAUUUUUAGGAAACUACGUGUUCUCUAAAAAUAUUCCAAUGCUCUGGAACCUUUCCACGGAUUAUUAUCUACAUCAUUCCGAUCCACGGACCUGGCUUGCAACAAAUAAACAAAACUAUAUAAAUUGGUAUAACGAGGAACACCUUCAAAAGCGAGAAAUGCCGCCUGCUCCAUCAGCUUCCUCAGCUCUAGCAAGCAAACGUAUUCGAGAAUUUGAUGAUUACUGGCUUGAAUACUAUCGCCCAAGAGCUAUAUCCACCUUUUCGAAAAUGUUUUCAUUUAAAAUGAGAACUAAAUUGCCAGAUUAUCAACUUCAAUCAAUACAUCCAGGAGAGCAUGACCUUAGCCCCUUUGUGGUUAGAACAGAUCAUGAGCCAGAUCAUCAACGUGAUAGGAAACAGGCGCCGAAUAAACGGCUCACGAUUCUAGAGCCCUCCGACGAGUUAAAGGAUAUGAAGUCAGGGUCAAACAAUGGUUACUCGGGUGCCAUGCCUUUACAGCAUUGGCUUCAGCCCUCAUCCGGAAGACUUCUUCCCCAAGCCGGUAUUUUGAAGGGGACUCAAAACGCUCAAGCUGCAAAUUCCCACACCACUAAUGAUCCAGUGACUCUCACAAGUGCAUAUAGCCAGCCUCCAUAUAACGCCACAAAAGCUCAGAUUGCGCAAUGGAGCUUCGGCCAAAUGAUUGCCGAUUCUCUCAACCCAUCCCUCUCCUCCGCAGAGGCAGAAGAAUACGAACGAUAUGUUAAUCACCCGCUUAAGGUGCCGCUGGUUGUUACUUCGGAGGCCUCACUGACCGCUGCAUCUUUGGAAGAGAGAGGCUCAAAUUUAGAUCUGUUUGAAUACGCAAAUACGAGUAACCUGGAAAAUGCAAACUUGAGCACGAUCGCUGAGAGUAGCAUGGUGGACUACACAGAUUUCCUAACAGUUGGAGAUGAAGGGCUUACCGUUAACCAGGAUGACUAUGACAAAAAGCGCUACAAACGUUACCGACAAUGGCUAAGGGGGAAGAGCUUAUUUAAACAAGGCGUUGAAGUAUGA